AUGGCGGCGCCGGAGCUAGUCCAGACAGAUCCUGAGGGAAUCGAGGGCAUUCGGAUGACGUGGAACAACUGGCCACGUACGAAGGUCGAGGCUUCCAAGUGUGUGAUCCCUAUCGCCGCCUCGAUCCAGCCGAUCCGCCCCCACGUCGAUCUACACGUCCUCCCGUACAUUCCCUUACGUUGCAAGUCGUGUUCAUCUGUCCUGAAUCCAUUUUGCCGCGUUGAUUUCACUGCCCUUUUAUGGAUCUGCCCUUUCUGUUUCCAGCGGAACCAUUUUCCACAACAUUACAACUCCAUUUCACAGACUAAUUUACCCGCGGAAUUGUAUCCGAAUUUCUCUUCCAUUGAAUACGCCAUCCCCAAUUACCCCCAAAACCCCCAGAAUUAUAAUUCUGUUCCUGUUGUCCCACCCACGCCAAUCUAUCUUUUUGUUAUCGAUACGUGUGUGAUUGAAGAGGAGCUGGAUUUUGCAAAAUCGGCAUUGAAACGAGCUAUUGGGAUGCUUCCGGACAAUGCGAUGGUCGGGUUCAUUUCAUAUGGCACUCAGGUGCAACUGCAUGAGCUAGGGUUCUUGGAGAUGUCAAAGGUUUAUGUAUUUAGGGGAUCAAAGGAGUUGUCUAAAGAUCAAGUCUUGGAGCAGUUGGGGCUCAGCUCUACUGGUGGCAGGCGGGCUGGGACAGGUGUUCAGAAGCCCGGAGGCCAACUAAGCCCCACGGCCGGGUCUGUUAAUACGGGAAUUAACCGGUUUUUGUUGCCAGCUUCUGAAUGUGAAUACACACUCAAUUCGUUGUUGGAUGAGUUGGGGACAGAUCAGUGGCCUGUGGCACCAGGCAAUAGAGCGUUGAGGUGUACUGGAGUUGCAUUGAGCGUGGCUGCAGGGUUGCUGGGUGCAUCUACAGUGGGAACUGGUGCACGGAUUAUCGCAUUGGUAGGGGGUCCAUGCACAGAAGGUCCUGGAGCGAUUGGGUCUAAAGAUCUGUCUGAUCCAGUCCGUUCCCACAAGGAUCUUGACAAGGAUGCAGCACCAUUUUUCAAAAAAUCUGUUCAUUUCUACGAGGAACUUGGAAAACAGCUGGUUAGCCAGGGUCACGUGUUGGAUGUCUUUGCCUCUGCACUUGAUCAGGUUGGGAUUGCUGAGAUGAAAGUUGCCAUUGAAAGAACUGGUGGACUGGUGGUUCUGGCUGAAAGUUUUGGUCACUCUGUUUUCAAGGACUCAUUCAAGCACAUUUUUGAAGAUGGAGAACAAUCCCUUGGGCUUUCAUUCAAUGGGACACUGGAGAUCAACUGUUCGAAGGAAAUCAAAAUCCAAGGGAUCCUAGGGCCAUGCACAUCAUUGGAGAAGAAAGGCCCUGCUGUUGCCAACACAGCCAUUGGACAGGGGAACACUACAGCUUGGAAGAUGUGUGGCCUCGACAGAAAUACUUGCUUGACUGUUUUCUUUGAUGUUUCUUCUAGUGAAAAGUCAGAUCCGUCUGGAACAAAUCCACAGUUAUACAUACAGUUUCUAACUAGUUACCAGAGCUCUGAUGGCCAAACAAGGCUUAGAGUAACAACUGUAACUAGACGGUGGGUAGAUAGUGCUGUUGGCACUGAGGACUUAGUUCAAGGAUUUGAUCAGGAAGCUGCUGCUGUAGUAAUGGCUAGAUUAGUUUCUUAUAAAAUGGAGAUGGAGGAAGCAUUUGACGCAACAAGGUGGCUGGAUAGGAAUCUAAUUCGACUAUGUUCCAAAUUUGGUGACUAUCGAAAGGACGAUCCAACCUCAUUCACAUUAAAUCCAAGUUUUUCGUUGUUCCCUCAGUUUAUGUUUAAUCUGCGUAGAUCACAAUUUGUACAGGUGUUCAAUAACAGUCCUGAUGAGACCGCAUAUUUUCGUAUUUUGUUGAAUCGGGAGAUUAUUAGCAAUGCCACGGUCAUGAUUCAACCAUCAUUAAUAUCAUAUUCAUUUAAUUCACUGCCUGCACCAGCUUUGUUGGAUGUGUCAUCCAUUGCAGCUGAUCGCAUUCUCUUGCUAGAUUCAUAUUUUAGUGUAGUUAUUUUCCAUGGAAUGACAAUAGCUCAAUGGAGGAACAUGGGUUACCAGAAUCAACCAGAACAUCAAGCCUUUGCGCACUUAUUACAAGCUCCGCAUGAUGAUGCCCAACUGAUUGUUCGCGAUCGGUUUCCUGUGCCAAGACUGGUGGUGUGUGAUCAGCAUGGUUCCCAGGCAAGAUUCCUGUUGGCAAAGUUGAACCCAUCAGCGACAUACAGUAACGUACACGAGAUGGCUGCUGGUUCGGAUGUGAUAUUCACUGAUGAUGUGAGUCUACAAGUUUUCAUCGAUCAUCUACAGCGUUUGGCAGUCCAAGCUUCUUGA